CCUGACUGGGGCUGGAUGAUGCAAGAGGCUGGAGAGCAGGGAAUGCAAGUUAAGGAAGUUGUUUCAAUUUGUGAUUUUUUGGGGAUUUUUUUAGGCACAAACAGAUAUUUCCAGAAAGUAGCAUUGGAAAAUAAUUUGAAAGUAAUUUUUGUUGACUGCACAAAACCAAAAUGCCUGGAAGCUGCAAUUACACCAGACACCAAGCUGGUUUGGCUGGAGACUCCCACGAACCCCACGCUGAAGGUGAUCGACAUCAAAGCCUGCGCAGACAUCGUGCACAGGCACCCGGGGGUGCUGCUGGCAGUGGACAACAGCUUCAUGUCUGCCUACUUCCAGGUGUGUCACCUGCCCCAGGGCAGGGGGAUUGGGAAAGGGGUUGGGAAGGGAUCAUAUCAGGAUACAAGGAGACCAAGCUAAGCCCUGGUGUUGUCA